CGAUUCCUCUCCCACUCCCACUACCACCCAUUCUUUUUUCAAUCAGAGUAUAGUAUGUGGUGUGGUGGACUUUGGAUUAGAUUAAUUAGGCGUUAGGGUUGUUUAAACACACAAACAAACACACAUAUGUAUGGGACUAUGGGAGAAUGUGGGUGGGUUUUUAAGGGUUUAAUGACUUUUUCAUUAAGACCAAUCGUUUGGAGAAUUAAGUAAGAUAACUUAACAAAAAAAAAAAAAAAAAAAGAAAAAAAGUUAUGUUUUUUUACAAAAGAAGUUGGCUUCGCCCGGGUUCGAACCGGAGACCUUCAGUGUGUUAGACUGACGUGAUAACCAACUACACCACGAAACCAUGCGAUGAGAACUUUGACCGCUAAAUGAAUAUAUGACAUUCAUAAAUAGAAUAUUGGCGAUAGCAGUGUUGUUUGUUUCCUUGUUUGUGUGGGUGAGGGCCGGGGUUUCAUUUCAAUUUCAAUUUUCAAAUACUACGGUAGUAUUGUGGGACUCAAACUCAACUCAACUAUACGCAGGGCAAAGAACGAACAAUGAUACUUCGAACUCCUCCGCCACCGAAGAGGCCACGCGCCGAUGACGAUGCCGAAGCGGACGCCGACGUGGAGGUUAACCGGCAGCUGGUCAUCUACGAGGAUCCGCCGGAGUCAUCUGUGGAUCCCCCCGUCUCCGAGCACAUGCUAUGCACUUACCAGUGUCGCCAAAUGGUCAAAUCGGAUUUUCUAGAUGCCUUAAGUAAAGCUGAAAAUCAAGUUCGUGAUUAUCAAUCUCAAUUAGAGACACUCAAUCAUAAUUUCCAAAAAGUUGACACUGAGAGGAAGAAAUUUGUGGAUCAAUUCUUAUACACUGAACAGGAACUCGCCGCUGCAAAAGGCCGUGAAAAGGCACUCCAGGAUCAACUUUUGAAAGAGGUUACCGAUUCUCAAGAACGUUUGAGAAAACAUAUACAGUUAAACAGUGAACUCCAGGUUAAGCUCCAAAAUGAGACAAACCUUCGCAUAAAAGCCGAGUCUUGUGCUGCUUCAGCCGAAGAGAAAGCAACGUCUUUAGAAGGGAAACUCUCCCACCUUUCAGGGACCAUAGAGAGGGAAAAAAAGAGACUUCACGAGGAUCAUUCACAACUCAAAAGGGACUCAAAGUUUUCUAUUUCUAGAAUAACUGCAAAUCUUGAACAAAUGGAGUGCAGAGCUAAUAAUGCAGAGAAAGAAGCAGAGCUUCUAAAAGAGCAACUGGACCAUCUUAAGGACCAAUUCAAUGAGUGUUUGCACCAAAAGACUGAAGUUGAAAAGAAACUAGCAACAUUUUCAUCUCAAGAAGUUUCUUCUACUGGAAGUAAUGUUCUGGUUAAACAGUUGCAACAGGAGCUUCAGCAUUAUGAAUCUGAAGUAAGGGAAGCAAGAAAACUAAGAUCAAAUCAUGAGAACAUUGAGCUUUUGAAGGAGAAACUGCUGGAGGAAAAGAGUCGCCGGGAAAGGGCAGAAUCAGAGCUAUCUAAAUUAUAUGAUGUCCAGUCAGAUAUGAAAAAGUUAGAGGAUCAAAUAUCAUCGUGGAGAUCGAUGAUUAAAGACAUACCUGGCAUCUCAUGUUUUGAGGACAUGCCUGAUAAAUUUGCAGCUUUACAGAAAGAGGUAAUUUAUAGCACACAGAAGGAGGGUGAAGGGACUGCUCGCUUGAAACAACUGGAGGUGGCUUUGGAUGCUGCUGAGACUGGUAAACAAAAUGCCGAAACUGAGGCUGUGUUGGCCAAAGAGAAAGCAGAAGUAUUAAAAUCAGAGAUUAAACGGAUUGAAUUAAUGCUUGCAGUUGUUACAGAAGAAAGAAACAAAUUAAGAAAUCUUGCCAAUUUGAAGAAUAGUGAAGCUGGAGAUGAAUCAAGUACUAAUCCCAUUCAGGAACUUGAAUCAUCUCUGAUGAAGAAAGAUGAUUGUAUUAAAGAACUAGAAAGUACCUUACACGAGCUGAAAGUGGUUAAUAAUCGCCAACAUGAGGAAAUAAAGAUACUCAAUGAAAAGUUGCACAAUGAAGCAAGAAGAAUAAAGUCAUUGGAGAGGGAGAGUGACCGGUUCCGUUCAGAGAUAUCAUUAUUAGAGGCAAAGUUGGGCCAUGGCGAUUUUUCUGCUGCUAAUACGAAAGUUCUGCGGAUGGUGAAUACGCUUACCGUAGAUAAUGAAGCCAAACAAACCAUAGAAGCUCUGCAAAAUGAACUGCAGAAAACAAAAGAGAAAUUAAAAGCCGUUGAAGAAUUGAAGAGUCAAUCAGGAGAAACUGGAAAGCUGGUAGAUAGCUACAUAUCGGAUAAGAUAUUGCAACUUAAAGAACAAAUUGCAACACUAGAGAAGCGGGAAGAGAGAUACAAGACCGUGUUUGCAGACAGAAUUUCAGUUUUUCGGAGGGCAUGCUGUGAGAUUUUUGGUUACAAGAUUGUGAUGGAUGAACAUCAGCGAUCAAAUGGAAUCCCAGUGACACGAUUUACAUUGCAAUCAAUUUAUGCACAAAGUGAUGAUGAAAAACUUGAAUUUGAAUAUGAAUCAGGGAAUACCAACAUUUUGGUAAAUAAUUACACAUCUCAGCCUGAGGUAUCUCGUCAGGUUGAGAUAUUCAUUCGGAAAAUGAAUUCAAUUCCUGCUUUUACUGCCAACAUAACGGUGGAGUCUUUCAAUCGAAGAACCUUGUCUUAGAUUAUCGAAUUUGUCUAGUUUCUUGAGGCAACUAUCAGUUAUGCUGCAUAUCUAUCUUCUGGUCAACUAGUUAGUCAGCUACGACUGGUCACACUUUUGCAUUCUGACAUUGGUGGCUCAUAGGCUUGGAUUUGAAAAGUAUCACAUUUUUUACUUUUAAACAUAGUUUGAGAGGGUGGAAUUUUGAGCAUUACUGUAUUACAUGUAAAUUGCUGUCAAACCUGUACGAUCUUGAAAUGAAUAGAAAGAAAACCUAUGACAUCUUGUUUCAAUUUUUGGUUACAGAUAAUAUUUGGUUUUUCAA